CGGGCCGAAAAAAUACAUUAGGCGAAGGUGAAAUGUCUACUGGUAUACCUCGUCCGUGGUUAUACCAUGACAUGGAGUUCGCUGCGAGUGUUCGCAACAUGUAGUUUAUCUAGUGUUUACAUAAAUCGACAUGGAUAUUCAAACAACAAAUACACGAAGGAAGAUAUUAAAUCAUGUAGUUUGUAGUAUUCUAGUGGAAUGUGGUUAUGAAACAUGUGAUAAACAAGCGUUAGAAACUCUUACCGAAAUGCUACAAUCUUUUAUUGUAGAAGUUGGAGAGUCUGCCCGGAAUUAUUGUGAACUUUCUGGUAGAACAGAACCACUGAUUGCAGAUAUUAUAGUAGCAAUGAUAAAUAUGGGGAUAAAAUUGGAUAAUAUAGAAACAUAUGGAAAGAGAUCAAACAGAACUGUUUUACCACCGCUUCAGCAACAAACUCAAUCAAAGCAAUUAAACAUUUUACAGGCUGGAGUGAAACAGGGUCAUCCGUCUCAUAUACCAAGUUACUUACCAGCUUUUCCUGAUCCACAUGCAUACAUUAGAACACCGACGCAUAAACAGCCAGUAACAGAGUACGAAGCUAUAAGAGAAAAAGCCGCGACGCAAAAGCGCGAUAUUGAAAGGGCACUGACAAGGUUUAUCGCAAAAACAGGGGAAACGCAUAGUCUAUUUUUAACAGAAGAUAAUAGCAUGUUCCCAUUAAUAUCGUGUAAACCACAAUUCCCUAGUUAUCUAUCUGCCCUUCUUCCACAAGAUCAAGUGUUUGAAACUGAUCAAGACUUUCAGUUCGAACCGAGCCCAGUGAAAAAGAAAAAGGAACAAGAAAAAGAAGAGAAGGACGAAGGUAUGAAAGGACAAACUGAAGAUGCGGAACACAACGGGGAAACCACAGCGCAGCAAGAUGCCAUAGAUAAUCCCUAUUUACGACCGGGGAAAAUACCAAAGAAUAAGAUGCCGGGAGCUACAGUGCCUGGUUUACACACAAUGAAACGGGAUCCACUCGAAUGUUAA